AACAUUAAAGCCCCUUUCUCACCUCUUCCUUUUCCUACUCUCCCUGAGGACCCUGACCGUUGCACAUUCCAGUCUACGGACUCUUUGAAGUUCAGUAGAAAACUGACAUCUGAGAAAGAGAAGGGGGGGGGGGGAAGAAAAUGCCUAACCUCUCUCCUAACAAGUUCAUCUUCUACUACUUCUUGACCACUCUUCUCUCUGAAUCCUUCCUCUGCUUUUCCUUGAUUGCCUCAGAAUCUACAGACCCAAUUCCAGUCCCAUGGCCAGAACAAUUCCACUCAAUUCUUUUCGUGAAUAACAGUAAGGGAUCUCUACAAAAGGUUGACCUGUGGUAUGACUGGCCAGGAGGCAGAAACUUCAACAUCAUUCAGUACCAGCUGGGAAAGCUUCUUUAUGAUUUGGAAUGGGACAAUGGCACCUCUUACAUUUACACCUUGGACUCCAACAAAGAAUGCAGAGUAUUGCAUUUCCCAGUGGGAAUUCUAAGACCAAAUUGGCUCGAUGGUGCAACAUAUCUUGGUCAGAAAUACAUGGACGGUUUUCUCUGUAAUGUGUGGGAGAAGGUUGAUUUCAUUUGGUACUAUGAGGAUGUGGUCACCAAAAGACCUGUUUAUUGGGCUUUCUUCACAGGAAUGGUAGCACAUGUGAUGACAUUUGAGGUUGGUAGUGUCCUUGAAGACCCCGAGUGGCAAGCUCCUGUAUACUGCUUCACGGAGGCCGUAGAGGAAACAAAACCUGUGCUUGAUACUUUGGGUGGUCCUGUUUCUCGUGCAAAUCUGAUGAAGGGAGGAAAACUUAUAAGUAUGUGAAUUAAUGUCUUUUUAUUGCAAGUAAUUAUCAAUGAAGCUGGAUGAUUUUUAGUCCUUUCUUCUCGGGUAUUUCCGUUUUCCCUUUCUGGUUAUCAAACUAGUAAACAUUUCUUUAUCGCAAGCAAACCAAAGACUUGGAAGUGAAAUGAAACUUGGCAAUUCUGGAAUCAAA